CACCAGAGCCCACAGCCUCACGUUUUCCCUUUAAAAUCUCCCCCAACUCCUCAUAAAAGUUCACUCCGUUUCCUUUCCUUCCAACUUUCUUACCAUUUUCAUCCUCUCUCAGAAAAAAUGGUUCAGGAGGUGGUGCUGAGGGUUUUGACUAUGACGGAUGAUAAGACGAAGCAGAAAGCUAUAGAAGCUGCUGCUGAUAUCUAUGGAAUUGAUUCCAUUGCGGCAGAUCAAAUGGAGCAGAAGCUGACAGUGAUAGGGGAGAUGGACACAGUGGCAGUGGUGAAGAAGCUGAAGAAAGUAGGGAAAGUGGAUAUAAUAUCGGUUGGGCCUGCUAAAGAAGAGAAGCAAGAAGAAAAGAAAGAAGAGAAGAAUUUUUUUGUCAAAUUAAAUUGUAAUAUUAAUUAGUAUUAUAAUUUAAUUAAUUAUAAUUAAUAUU